CAGUUGGCCGUGCGUGUGCCGUCUUUUCAGUUUUUUCUCCUUGUACUUCCCACAGCUGUUCUACCCCUCCUCAAGUUCCCGCCUCUUCUCAACCCCUUUCACUUUUUUUUAAAUACCGCUGAGCUCUUCCCUAUAAACUAUAUAUAUAUAUAUAUAUAUAUAAAGGCAAGAUCUCCCCCCCCAUUAAAUUUGCCGUUCCUUUUGAUUGGCUGGUAGAAAACUUUCUGCCGCUGUUUUUCAAGAAGCGGAAGCGAGAGGCCGGCUGGCUGAAAGACUUGAGUGGCGUUUGUGUCUCGUUUCUCUCCCCACCCCUUCUUGGUUGCGGGGCGCGCGAGCCUAGAAUAGAAGCGAUCCAACGCUCUGAGCGCGCGGCAGGACGGAGGAGCGGGUGCGGAUGGGUGAGCGCGCGCGGAGAUAGUGGCGCAGAGGUGCACCGGGUCGCAAGCAAGCAAGCAAGCGAGGGAGAAACGACGGGAAGGGGAAGAUAACCCAGUUACCCAGGAGAGUCGUGUCGAAACGAACGUGAAAAUGCAGCCCAAAUCCCGGCCACCCCAAUAGCAAACGCCAAGCUUUCCUUUCUGACCUGCCCCCCCCCCGUUUUUAAAGCCCAAACCCACAACCCGGUUUCUCCACUUAUUCUCGAAGCCUUCGUUAUCGUUUCUGUUCUUUCAGUGCCAUUAAACGGAGCUUUCGCCUUGACAGUAUCCCUUUCCGGGUACUCUAAUUAAGAGUACCCGGGCGACACACCUCUUUGCAAGUACAGCUCAUCCAAUUGCUAGGCUCCCUCCCAUUUCUCUGCACCCAACAGAGAAUUUCUAGAAGCCCUCCCCUAUUAAGGCACUGGAGUAUCCUCAGAAGCAGGAAAGCACCUGCCCCAACUGUGAAUUGGCAGUUGACACCUGUGCAGGUAUGAGCACCAAGAAAGUAGCUCUCAUCACUGGCAUUACUGGCCAGGAUGGCUCAUACUUGGCAGAGUUCCUGCUGGAAAAGGGCUAUGAGGUACACGGAAUUGUUCGUAGAUCUAGUUCUUUUAACACAGGACGAAUUGAACAUCUCUACAAGAACCCGCAGGCUCAUAUAGAAGGAAGUAAGUAUGCAUCGAAAGAUAUGAAACUACAUUAUGGUGAUUUGACAGAUAGUACUUGCUUGGUGAAAAUAAUCAAUGAAGUUAAGCCCUCUGAAAUUUACAACCUUGGAGCACAGAGUCAUGUUAAAAUAUCGUUUGAUUUAGCAGAAUAUACAGCAGAUGUUGAUGGAAUUGGCACUUUACGAUUACUAGAUGCUAUCAAGACAUGUGGUCUCAUAAACUCUGUAAAAUUCUAUCAAGCCUCAACAAGUGAACUUUAUGGAAAAGUGCAAGAAAUACCUCAAAAGGAAACUACUCCAUUUUAUCCCAGAUCUCCAUAUGGGGCAGCCAAACUCUAUGCAUAUUGGAUUGUGGUAAAUUUCAGAGAGGCCUAUAAUCUCUUUGCUGUGAAUGGUAUUCUUUUCAACCAUGAGAGUCCCAGGAGAGGAGCCAAUUUUGUAACUCGAAAGAUAAGUCGUUCGGUUGCUAAGAUUCAUCUGGGACAAUUGGAAUGCUUCAGUUUGGGAAAUUUAGAUGCCAAGAGAGACUGGGGUCAUGCCAAGGACUAUGUUGAGGCAAUGUGGCUAAUGUUGCAGAUGGAUGAACCACAGGAUUUUGUAAUAGCUACUGGUGAGGUCCACAGUGUCCGUGAAUUUGUGGAGAAGGCAUUUCAGAACAUUGGUAAAACUAUUGUGUGGGAAGGAAAGGAUGAGAACGAAAUGGGCCGAUGCAGAGAAACAGGCAAGAUUCACGUGACAGUUAAUCAUAAAUACUACAGACCAACGGAAGUAGAUUUUCUACAAGGCGAUUGUACCAAAGCAAAGCAGAAACUCAAUUGGAAACCCAGUGUCACUUUUGACGAGCUGGUGAAUGAGAUGGUGAAAGCAGAUGUGGAGCUGAUGAGAAACAACCCCAAUGCUUGAAUCUGCCCCUCUUUCUCUACCUGCCCCAUCAGAUUUAACUGAAGCUCCCCGGAUGAAGCCUAACGAUGAAUCAUCCAGAAGACAUUGGUGGGGCUGGAGAUGCUAAGCUUCAACUUUAGAUGAUUUGUUGCUGCGGUUUUAUUUCCCUCUGCUUUCUGCAAUGGAUCCCUUUUUCUUUUUUCCAAAUUGGAAUCCUGAAAAUCAUGCUUUUUUUUUUAUGUUCCUUUCUGAGGGGGAGAUUGAAGCAGGGAGGACAAUUUGCAGCAUAUAAUCAGAAUUGAUCUUGUAAUUUCAGAACAUUUUCUUUUGAUAGUAAAAAAUAUAUUUCCAUAAA